GUUUGAUCUGUGGAUGAAAUGAAUCAUGAUUUUCAAGCUCUUGCAUUAGAAUCUCGGGGAAUGGGAGAGAUGCAGAAAAAGAGUCUAGUCACUCCUCUGGACCACAAGAGGGCACCCUGCAGCUAGCUAACCCUCCCCUUCUCCAGAACAGCGUUUUCCAAAGAGUUUGUCAUUUUCAGAGGACUGAUUUAAGGGCAGCAGGGAACCUUCUGGGAUUUCCUUCUUUGCCUGUCUCUCUCUCACCAGUCUUCUCCUCCUUUCCUGACAGCUUUUGCCUACCAAAAAGUUUUGGGAACCUGAUGAUUCAACAAAAGAUGGACAAAAAGGCAUAUUUCUUGGGGAUGAUGAAUGGAGAGAGACUGCUUGGGGAACUUCUCACCAUUCGAUGUCCCAGCCUAUUAUGGUACAGAGAAGAUCUGGACAGGGUUUUCAUGGAAACAGUGAAGUAAAUGCAAUACUGUCUCCGCGGUCAGAAAGUGGAGGCCUUGGCGUGAGCAUGGUAGAAUAUGUGCUGAGUUCUUCUCCUGCCGAUAAAUUGGAUUCUCGAUUUAGGAAGGGAACUUUUGGCACUAGAGAUGCUGAAACAGAUGGACCUGAGAAAGGAGAUCAAAAAGGCAAGGCUUCUCCAUUUGAGGAGGACCAAAACAGAGAUCUUAAACAAGGAGAUGAUGAUGAUUCUAAAAUAAAUGGCAGAGGUUUGCCAAAUGGAAUGGAUGCCGAUUGCAAAGAUUUUAAUCGUACUCCAGGAAGUCGUCAAGCCUCUCCAACUGAAGUAGUUGAACGCCUGGGCCCCAGUACUAAUCCCCCAGAAGGACUGGGGCCUCUUCCUAAUCCUGCAGUUAAUAAACCACUUGUUGAAGAAUUUUCAAAUCCUGAAACUCAGAAUCUGGAUGCCAUGGAACAAGUUGGUCUGGAUUCCUUACAGUUUGACUAUCCUGGUAAUCAGGUACCAAUGGACUCUUCUGGAGCUACUGUAGGCCUUUUUGACUACAAUUCCCAGCAGCAGCUCUUUCAAAGGACUAAUGCACUAACAGUUCAGCAGUUAACUGCAGCCCAACAGCAGCAGUAUGCAUUAGCCGCGGCUCAGCAGCCACACAUAGCUGGUGUGUUCUCAGCAGGCCUUGCUCCAGCUGCAUUUGUGCCAAAUCCAUAUAUUAUUAGCGCUGCUCCUCCAGGGACUGAUCCGUACACUGCAGCAGGAUUGGCUGCAGCAGCAACAUUAGCAGGUCCAGCAGUGGUUCCACCUCAGUAUUAUGGUGUUCCGUGGGGGGUGUAUCCAGCCAAUUUAUUUCAGCAACAAGCUGCAGCUGCGGCAAACAACACAGCAAAUCAGCAAGCUGCAUCUCAAGCUCAGCCUGGACAGCAACAGGUUCUUCGUGCUGGAACAGGUCAGCGCCCUCUUACUCCCAGUCAGGGCCAACAAGGGCAACAAGCAGAAUCACUUGCAGCAGCAAAUCCAACUUUGGCUUUUGGUCAGGGUCUUGCUACUGGCAUGCCAGGCUAUCAAGUACUAGCUCCAACUGCCUAUUAUGAUCAGACUGGUGCCUUAGUGGUUGGCCCUGGAGCAAGAACUGGCCUUGGAGCUCCAGUUAGAUUAAUGGCUCCAACACCCGUUUUAAUUAGUUCAGCAGCAGCACAAGCUGCGGCGGCGGCAGCAGCUGGAGGGACUGCAAAUAGUCUUUCGGGCAGCACAAAUGGUCUGUUUCGGCCAAUUGGCACUCAGCCACCGCAGCAGCAGCAGCAGCAGCAGCAGCAGCAGCAGCAGCAGCCAAGCACUAAUCUACAGUCUAAUUCAUUUUAUGGGAGCACUUCUUUGACUAAUAGCUCCCAGAGCAGUUCUUUAUUUUCUCAUGGACCUGGCCAACCUGGAAGUACAUCUCUUGGCUUUGGAAGCAGUAGCUCUUUAGGUGCUGCUAUAGGCUCAGCCCUCAGUGGAUUUGGUUCAUCAGUUGGCAGUUCUGCAAGUAGUAGUGCCACAAGGAGAGAGUCUCUAUCUACUAGCUCUGACUUGUACAAAAGAUCUAGUAGCAGCCUAGCACCCAUAGGGCAGCCAUUUUACAGUAGUCUGGGAUUUUCCUCCUCUCCAAGUCCAAUAGGCAUGCCUCUGCCAAGCCAAACUCCAGGACAUUCACUUACGCCACCGCCAUCACUUUCAUCACAUGGAUCCUCAUCCAGUUUGCAUUUAGGAGGGCUGACAAAUGGUAGUGGUCGCUACAUCUCUGCAGCGCCUGGAGCAGAAGCAAAGUAUCGAAGUGCUUCGGGCACUUCCAGUCUGUUUAGCUCCAGCAGCCAGCUCUUUCCUCCUUCCCGGCUGCGGUACAAUAGGUCUGAUAUCAUGCCUUCGGGCCGAAGCAGACUAUUGGAAGACUUCAGAAAUAACCGCUUCCCAAACCUUCAACUUAGAGACUUGAUCGGACACAUAGUUGAGUUUUCUCAAGACCAGCAUGGUUCUAGGUUCAUACAGCAGAAACUGGAGAGAGCUACUCCAGCUGAGCGACAGAUGGUGUUCAAUGAGAUUCUACAAGCAGCGUAUCAGUUAAUGACAGAUGUUUUUGGCAACUAUGUUAUACAAAAGUUUUUUGAGUUUGGGAGUUUGGAUCAAAAAUUAGCCCUGGCUACUCGUAUUCGUGGUCACGUUCUACCCUUAGCCUUGCAGAUGUAUGGCUGCCGUGUUAUUCAGAAAGCAUUAGAGUCUAUUUCAUCUGACCAGCAGGUAAUUAGUGAAAUGGUGAAGGAGCUGGAUGGCCAUGUACUCAAAUGUGUGAAAGAUCAGAAUGGGAAUCAUGUUGUACAAAAGUGUAUUGAAUGUGUACAGCCACAGUCCCUACAGUUCAUCAUUGAUGCGUUCAAAGGACAAGUGUUCGUACUUUCAACUCACCCUUACGGCUGCAGAGUCAUCCAGCGCAUCCUGGAGCACUGCACUGCGGAGCAGACCUUGCCGGUCUUGGAGGAGCUCCACCAACACACAGAGCAGCUGGUGCAGGAUCAGUAUGGCAAUUAUGUUAUUCAGCAUGUACUGGAGCAUGGUCGACCUGAAGACAAGAGCAAAAUCGUUUCGGAAAUCAGAGGAAAGGUCUUAGCCCUGAGUCAGCACAAAUUUGCCAGCAAUGUGGUAGAAAAGUGUGUCACUCAUGCCUCCCGUGCUGAGAGGGCUUUACUGAUUGAUGAAGUCUGCUGCCAGAACGACGGUCCUCACAGUGCCUUAUACACCAUGAUGAAGGACCAGUACGCCAACUAUGUGAUUCAGAAAAUGAUCGAUGUGGCUGAACCUGCUCAGAGGAAGAUAAUCAUGCACAAGAUUCGACCUCACAUUACUACUUUGCGCAAGUACACCUACGGGAAGCAUAUACUGGCCAAGUUGGAAAAAUAUUAUCUGAAAAACAGCCCAGACCUGGGCCCCAUUGGAGGACCACCAAACGGAAUGCUGUAAAGGAGGAGGGGAGAGGAGAGAGUGAUCGUGUGAAAGGAACGCUUAUUUUGUGAAUUAUCAAAACACAACUCAACUAUGAACCUUCAAAAAAAUUUUUUUUAAGCAAAACUAUUUAUUGACUUUACUCAUCCAUUUGUAAAUUUUUUAAGGUUCUUGUGUAUAUUUGGGGGGUGGGAGUGGUGAAUUAUAAAUUAUAUUUCGCCCCAAGUGGAGACCUAUCAGAUUGGAUUGCUGGCAAAGCACAGGAUGCCUGUAUAUGAUGUACCUGUAUGAGAAAAAGCUGUCACAUAUUUUGUAAAUUUUUACCUUGUAAAGUCACAAAAAUAGUUUUUAAAGGAAAAAGUACAGUAUUCUUUUAAUAAACUGGCUUGCAGUCUGGUAGGUCUACAGACCCCAUAGCACACCAGGUUUAUAGAGAUGUAUAUAGGAAAAGAGUCUUUUUUUGUCCUUUGUGUGAAGCUUUUUAUAACAGAUUAACAAUCAACUACAUAAAUAUUAUUAAUAUUUUAAAAAGAAAGUUAAGUUGUAUUUUGGUAAUUCACAAACUAUCAUGCAAAUAAAACUGAGCAAGUAAGACAAGAAUUAAAUGAUUUGCAAUGAAAGAACUUACAUUAUUUGCAGUGGAUGAGAUUUUAAUACAGAUACUGCCCCGAGACGUCUCUGGCAUGUACAGAAGCAUUGUAUAUACUUACAGAUGUCGUUGUCGUGAGAGGUAGGAAAACAAUCAUGGUGACACUUGAUUUGGCGAAGUGUGCGGACAGAGAGUUAACGCCCACUUUAACUUUUCUGUUCAGUGUGAGGUGAGCAAGUGGAGAUUUGUAUAUUGUUUUGCUUACAGAAUUACACGGACAUGAUGAGGAAGUGUUGAGCUUUAUUUUGCUUUUUCAUAGUAGAUUCAUGAAGUAGGAACCAGAUAGAGGUGAACAGGGGGCCACUGAAGCGUGAAUUUGAUAGCUCAGCAUUUAAGCAUGAUUACAUACUCAGAUAGCUUUUUUUGCUUCCUAUAAAUAUAUGCAUUGUGUGUGUAGUAAUAGGUGGUAAGUUCACACUUUGAAAGCCAAUCUCGUUUCGGUGUUUAUUAUAAAAACCUUGCUAAUUUAGUAGUGAUGCUUUCCUUGGUUGUACAGGUGUACAUUUGUAAACCUUCAUUCUGUAAAUGGAGUUUGUUUUAUCUCUUUGGGAUACCUUUGCAUUUUAGUGUACAUUGACGUCCCUGCCCUCUCUGACCUGGCAUAUAUGUUGUAUACUGUAAAUUUAUUUCUCCCAAUCAAGAGUGAUUUUUUAAAAGUUUUUUAUCUUUAUAUGGUUUCAGAAGUAUGACCCACCUUUCUUUUUAUUGUGAGAAACAUUUUGUUUUAUAACAUAAUUGACUCUGUUAAUACAGACAUGCUAGGAUUUGGAUCACUUUCAAGAAGUCAGGGUAUUAUGCAUAAUAGAAAGUAUUGGACUGAGAUAUUUGGUUACCAUGGAGGCCAAUGCUUUUUCCAUCUUAUUAAAUGUGAUGUGACUUUUUUCUUUGUACAGAAGAGUACUGUAUUUUUGGAUAGCCUACUCCCAAGUAAGAGCAAAUCUGUAUGAUAACAUUUUUUUCUCUGGACAUAAGACAUAACAGUAACAUGAUGUACAUUUACAAGCGGCCUUAUGUACAUUUCCCAGCAAUCUUUUUAAGGCAAAAUUGUGACCAUAUAUGUAUAAUUAAAAUCGUUUUUAAUCCUUUGCCUAUGAAAAUAUUUUGGAAAAAAACUUGCUUUGUAUAUUCAGUUUCUGAAAGAUAAAGAAAGUGCUUUGUA